AUGUACAGCAGCAAGAAGCCAUAUGACAGCCCCCCCAGUGAAUACAGCCCCCCUGGAGAGGACUAUGCCUGUGACGCCCACUCGGCUGUCCCCGGCUCCUACUACAUCGAGGACGCGCCCCAGUAUUUCUACAAGUGGAGCUCCCCACCCAGGGUGGUGCAGAUCCUGGAGGCCAUCGGCGUCCUCCUGUGCCUGACCAUCUUUGCCUGCGUGGCGUCCACCCUAGCCUGGGAGUAUGGCUAUGGCUAUGGCGGGCUAUAUGGCAGUGGCAUGGGUGGCUACUAUGGGGGCGGCCUGAGUGGGGGCAUGGGCUACUACGGGGGUGGCCUUGGCGCGGGCUACGGCGGCUACUACGGCGGCUACUACGGUGUGACAAACCCACGCUCAGCCGGCGGCUUCAUGAUUGCCAUGGCGGUGCUCUGCCUCGUUGCCCUCCUGGCCCUGGCUGUCACCAGCCUCACCAAGUCCAGUGGCUCCCGCUCCAGGCGGUUCUACCUGGUGGCCAUUAUUGUCUGUGCAAUCCUGGCCUUCCUCAUGCUCAUCGCCUCCAUCGUCUACAUCAUGGGAGUCAACCCACGGGCCCAGAUGUCGAGCAGCUACUACUACAGCGCCAGCCCGCUGCUGGCCAUGUGCAACCAGAUAUAUUCCAGCGGGACCUACUUCAACCAGUACCUGUACCACUACUGCAUGGUCGACCCACAGGAGGCCAUCGCGAUCGUCUGUGGGUUCCUGCUGGUCAUCCUCCUCUGCUUGAUUUGUUUCUUCGCUCACAAGACACGGCAGAAAAUCUGGAGGUUUGGGAAGCACAACAUUUACUGGAACCAGCCACCCGCAUUUCAAGAGGGUCCCAACGUGGAGGAGUGGGUGAAGAAUGUUGCAGACAGAGCUAGCACGCACGAUGAGACGGCCACCUUGGCUUACUCGGAAAAGCCCACGAGCCCCAUUAAUGCUCCAGCCAGCCCCUACAACUACAGAACCUCCCAGAAUGGCUACUAUGAUGUAGAAGAGCAGAGGAGCCCACCUUUGUACACGGCCCCCAACAACAAGCCUGCCCAGACAUUCAGUUCCAGCACUUUGGAGCAGAAAGCCAGGGAGACCCCUAGCAAGCCCUCUGCCCGCAGGGGACGGAGGCGGAGGAGAAACCCGGAGCUGGAAGAGUCCCAGUACGAGACUGACUACACAACCGCUAUGGAGUCCAGUGAUGAGAAGGACCAGGACGACUGGAGCAGCUUGUACCCACCCCUGACUUCAGAUGGGGACCGCCAGAAGUAUAAGCAAGAGUUUGAUGCGGACCUCAGACACUACAAGCAGCUGUGUGCCGAGAUGGAUGGCAUCAACGACCAGAUCAAUCAGCUUAGCAAGCAGCUGGACCACCUGGUGGAGGGCAGCCUGCAGUACCAGGGGGUGGCAAAAGAGUACAACCGGCUGAAGGACUUAAAACGAACACCUGACUACCAGAGCAAGAAGAUGGAGAGCAAGUCCCUGAGGAACAAACUUUUCCAUAUCAAGCGGAUGGUGAGUGAAUAUGACAAACACAGAGGCUGAUGGUCAACAGGAGAUGGCCAGCACCUAAGAAACCUCUGGCAACUACUGUUUUCAUCCCUGCUCGCUGAAGGAUGUGGGCCAAAAGCAGGCAAGGACAGGCCAGGACAGGCCUGCUGUCUUUUGGUGCAAGUUUUGGUGCAGCAAACUUUUUAAUCCAUCGGCGUCCCAGUUCCACAGACCAUGAAAUGACACCAGAGAGAUUCCUGGGCACUGAAACUCUGUCUCUGCACAGAAGACCAUGAGGAAGGAGCCAUGGCAACCUGGCCAUGGUCAUCCACCUCAAGGGCCAGUCCACAAACCUGCUGGGUUCUGAAGUAAACUGAGCCUUCCAUGUUUGCUCCAUGUAAAAAGGACUUAUCUAAAUUUCUUCCUCUUGGUGCCAAAGAGAUCCCCUCACUCUGGAAAAUUUGUGGUAGCCUAAUGCUACUAAGCCUCUAGUUAAGAUUAUGUAAAGACAUUUUAAAAUUCUGUUGGCAUGGUCUUCU